UUGCUCCUGGACUUUGAGCAGAGACUGUAAUCCCGAGAAGGGGCGGGUGGCCGAGGCUGGUGUCUCUCGCAGUUGCCCGCGGUGGGUGCCCCGCUGUCCGUGCAGCCGGGCCGGGAUGGCGCGGGUGUCCGUCCUGCCCUCCCGCAGGUGCCUGUCCGACGAGCCCGUGCGGAUCCGUGUGGCCGGGCUGCAGCCGCAGCAGGCGGUCACCCUCCGAGCCAGCCUGGUGGACGAGAGCGGGGAGCUUUUCCAAUCCCACGCUCUCUACAGGGCUGGGAGCAGCGGGGAGCUGGACCUCAGCCGCUCCCCAGCGCUGGGGGGCAGCUAUUUGGGAGUGGAGCCGAUGGGGCUGCUCUGGGCUCUGCAGUCCAAAACGCCCUACAAGCGGCUGGCAAAGAGGAACGUCCUGACCCCUUUCUGUGUGGACGUGGAAGUGUAUGAGGGCCAUGGGGACACGAGCCGCUUGCUGGGAAAAUGCACCAAUGAACGAUGGUUUUUAGGAGAGGGGGUAAAGAGGAUUUCGGUCAGAGAAGGUCGACUCAGAGCAACCCUCUUCCUCCCUCCUGGACCUGGCCCAUUCCCUGGACUUAUUGAUUUGUAUGGAUCUGGAGGAGGUCUUAUUGAAUACAGAGCAAGUCUCCUGGCUAGCAGGGGCUUUGUCACUCUGGCUCUUGCUUACAUGUCCUUUGAAGAUAUCCCUGCUAUGCCAGAGAUCCUUGAACUGAGCUAUUUUGAGGAGGCUGUGAACUUUUUGCGGAAACAGCAGCAGGUGAAAGAUACUGGCAUUGGUGUUUUGGGCUUGUCUAAAGGAGGUGAUCUAGCCCUUUCAAUGGCCACAUUUCUACCUGGCAUCAAGGCAGCUGUCAGCAUAUCUGGAAGUAGUUUUAAUUCCUUCGUUCCUCUCAAGGGGGAUGGCUUCACUAUUCCUGUCCACCCAUAUGACCUGGGGAGGAUGAAGAUCAGUGAUGAGUCUGGAAUAGUAGAUUUUUCAGAUGUCUUAGAUGAUCACAUGGACCCAGCAACUUGGGCAUGCCGCAUUCCUGUGGAGAGGUCCUUAGCCAAGUUCCUCUUCCUGUCUGGACUGGAUGACAUGAACUGGAAAAGCGACCUCUAUUGCCGGGAUGCUGUUCAGCGCCUUCAGCAGCAUGGCCGGGAAGUGGAGUUUUACUCCUAUUCUGGAGCAGGGCACCUCUUGGAGCCACCAUACUUGCCUCUGUGCAAAGUUUCAAUCCACAGGGUGCUUGGGAUGUUGGUGCAUUGGGGAGGGCAGUGGAGAGAGCAUGCUAAAGCCCAGGAAGAUGCAUGGCGCAGGAUACAGGCCUUUUUCUGGCAACAUCUGAUGGACUCAGACAUCCCUAAGAGCAAGCUGUAGUGGAAGCUGUCAUAGAUGCUAGCCAGGGAUGGUAUUUCAGCACUCACUGGAUAGGAAAUCACAGAAGUUUCCUGGACUGCCUUCCUCUAAAAACCACUGGUGCAUAGUUGUUUAUUUUCAUUCCCCAAAUAAUUUCCCAUUAUUUUAGUUGAAUUUCAGUUGACCUCUGACCCCGGCAUCACAGUAGAUUGGCACCAUCUGUGCUGUACUCUAAAAACAACCCAGCAUCCCAUCUAAAUCACAUUUGCGCUGAGCUAUCUUUGCCCUCAAUCUCUGCAGCCCUCUGCAGCCAUCUCCUUUCAUAAGAGGAAAUACUCUCACAGGAGGAGUUAUCCAUUGAAUGGUUUAGUCUUGAACCUUUAACUAACCUAGAUAUAAACAGCACUUUUGUUGAACAACACA